GUUUCCACUGAAACGGGCCGGUUUCUGCCGGCCGACAAGGCCAUGGCGAAUUAAGGCCUGCGCGGGCGUACGGGCCGAAAUCCGCAGAUUUUUCUCCCGUAAGGCCGUAACGGCCGCGAAUCCGCUUUGCAGUUGGCCCGGCCAGUUUUUUUCCCUUCUGAGACGACAAGCCUUGCCUUGUCGUCUCGCUCGCCGGGCACGAACCGCGCGAAAUGCACCGGUCGCCGAGCCUGCCCCUCGCCGGCUCGCCGCCGUCAGCGACUCAGCGCUGCCUUGUCAAGCCAGCAGUACCCACCCACCUGAGGCCUCCACGGCCACCCCUGCUGGCUUGAAUGGCCCCAUCCGCUGCCUGGCCCGUCCCCUACCGGCCACGCCAACGCGUCGUGCUCCCUCCAGCUUUGCCCCCCGCAUCCGGGCGGAGGAGGUCUCCUCUCUCCCGUAGAUGCUGGGUUUCGCCCCCGCGGUGGGCGAGCUCGACGCCUCGACGAUGGAGAGCCGCGUCAGAACCGGAGCAAAAUUUUACACCAUCAUUUUUGGCUUGCAUCCAGAAAAGAGUUCUCUUCUCUUUGGUACUUAUGCGUAGGAAGAAUUGGGGAAGAUAUGGCUGAUCAGGCCAUCCAACUUGAGGCACGUUGUCUCUUUUCGGAAAUGCAUGCAUGUCUUAUCUUAUUGUUCCUUUUUAUUAAACUUAUUACUGAAUUGAUAAUCAAAACCUUGUCCUGUGCAAAUUAUUGAAAACAAUUGUCAGUUACUCAAAAGCUAUUUUCAAGUAUAUGUGGGAAAUACAUUAGCAGUUUAUUCAAGAACCAAGACAAUUUUUUUUUGUAUAUAUUUGAUAGCAAAUUUUCCUGAGCCAGGAAGGGGGCACCACUGGUGGAAUGAUCUUGGGUCAUUCUGAGAUGACUAGGCUAAACUACUCUAAGAAAUACUACUCCAAAUAAACUCUUAGUUCAUUGCUCGAUCAAUACAGAGCACAAGUGCUUUCUUCUGUAGGUAGAUGGAUAAUUGGCUCCUAAGAAAAGAAACUAAUCAUAUAUUUCUUAGCAACCUGGAUCUAAUGCCCUACUUGGAUAAUUAUGCCAUAUGACAUCUUUCCCCGCCUCUCACGAGCUGCGGUGGCAGCCAUGACUGUAGUCUGUUGUAGCCCCACGUCACGGAAAGGUCGCGAACUGAACCAAGCUUCGGUGCUCUGCAACACGUAAAUCAUCCCUUGACUUCCUGUCUGACUGAUGCUCUUUGAUGUGGUCCAAAGGAAAAGACUUUCUGCAUAGGGCCAUUAGCCACAUUGGUAAUUUGAAGCAGAUUAUUAACAUGUCAUGUUCUGUAUGUAUUCUUUUUGAAGUGUUCAGAUAUUAUUUAAAGAUAUCAGGAUAUUUCUCAAGCAUGCCACCAUGAGGUACCUUUCCUUGUCAAACCCUUUCUAACUUGUUUUGUCAAAUCUGUACAACAGUAGUACCUGUAACAUAUUCCAAUAGAAAACGGUACUGGUCACAAUCGGUUCUGAUGGUGUAUAACAGACUGGUUCUGUGUUCUGAUGUGGUCAAAGUAUGACCAAAUAUCUUUUGCUCCAAGCAAAAGUAACCAAAUGUCCAAAUCACUACUACUGGGAACUUCCCUGCAAAAAGAGUAAUAGUUAUCUUUCCUCUCUACAAGAGAAUAAUACUUAUUAGGUGCAAGCAAGUCCCCUUCCUUUAGGAAAAAUAUGGUCUGUCGUGCCUGGGAAGUAGCACCAGUGAAGCAACAUACAAUGCGACAUCGAAAUAUUGGAUAAUAUAUACCAUCCUAUGUAGACUAGUUCUCGGCAUGUGAUGGAGUUCAACAUCUCAAAAUCAUAAUCAAUCUGUUGUCGUGUUCAUCACUUUUCCUAGAGACAUUCCCCAGAAAAUAUAAAUUCUUGCUACAGGAUAACAUCCAAUCCAUCAGCAAUGCAAACUUGUGUUCCGUACUUCCGUUGCGGUGGUUGACAAAAUGAGAAUGCCUACUCUAGUUGCUGUGGCGGCGGUGCUGCUGCUCUCGGGCCGCAUAGCGGUGGCAGCAGCGGCAAGUUCUACAAACAUUGCAUUGCCCGGCUGCCAGAGCAUAUGUGGCGACGUGGAAAUCCCUUAUCCCUUUGGCACCACCCCCGGCUGCUACCGGCCGGGCUUCAUGGUCACCUGCAACGAGACGCGCCAUCCGCCGAAGCUGUUUCUGGAAAACGGUAUUGGCCCCAGUCCUGGCCCCGAAGUGGUCGAGAUAUCUCUGGCAAACAGCACGGUGCGUGUUGGGAGCUGGGUCUCGCACUUCAUCACUGGUAACACGAGCGACGUGCAGCUGGCAAUUGCUCGUGAUUCUCCCUUUGUGCUGUCAGCCAAGGCAAACAGCCUCGUAAUUGUGGGUUGCGGCUUCCGAGUCCUCCUGGACAUUGUUGAUGGAUGGACGUACGCCUCGUGCGCGUCCUUCUGUCCCAUCAACAACAGCACGGGCCAGCCGUUCUUGCCCGACGUCGUGUGCAAUGGCAUCGGUUGCUGCCAGCCGUCCAUCCUGGCGGGCCUCGAGUCCUUCCGCAUCAAACUCUCCCCACUCGACGGCCCAGGCAGAUGCCCAAUCGCCCCGGCCCUGGCCCCAGUGCCGGCGUUCAAUGCCAGUGUGCAUAUGGUGGAGCAAGAGUGGUGGAGCGACGGGUCACACGUCUACGGCCUGCAGCAGUACUUCAUGGACCUCCUGUCUUACCCUGACAUUGACAUGAGCCCCUUCUUUGUCCCUGCAAUCGCAGCCUGGGUGUUGGGCAGGUUCCCCUGCGAAGAAGCCGCCCAGAGGCCAGAUUUUGGGUGCCGCAGUAAGAACAGUGUGUGCCUCAACUCCACGAAUGGCGUGUCCGGCUACGUCUGCGAGUGCAGUGACGGGUACCAAGGCAACCCAUACAUGCCAAAUGGAUGCCAAGGAGGGCAAAAUCGCCGUCUAGCAGCUGGAAUAAUUUUCAGUAUAGGAGUUGGCAGUGGCAUAACUCUGUUGCUUCUAGUUCUUGCUGUCGUCUUUGCGACAAAAAAAGCCAAGGAUCAGAAAGCCAAAAGGAUGAAGGCAUAUUUCUUCAAGCAAAACCGAGGAUUAUUGCUUCAGCAAUUAGUAGACAAAGAUAUAGCUGAAAGGAUGAUUUUCAGCUUAGAAGAGCUUGAGAAAGCAACAAAUAAAUUUGACGGAGCUCGAAUUCUCGGUGGUGGAGGGCAUGGGACAGUCUACAAAGGCAUUUUAUCUGAUCAGCACGUUGUCGCUAUAAAGAAGUCCAAAACCGUAAUCAAAAGAGAGAUCGAUGAGUUCAUAAAUGAAGUUGCCAUUCUUUCUCAAAUCAAUCACAGGAACGUGGUAAAGCUUUUUGGAUGCUGCCUCGAGACAGAAGUUCCGCUUCUAGUCUAUGAGUUCAUUCCAAAUGGAACCCUCUAUGCCCAUCUUCAUACCGACGGUCCUCAGUCACUUUCAUGGAAAGACAGAUUGCGAGUUGCAUCUGAAGUUGCAAGUUCCUUGGCCUAUCUUCACUCGGAUGCUGUGACAUCAAUUAUCCACAGAGACAUCAAGACAUCCAACAUACUGCUAGAUGAUCGCUUAACGGCAAAAGUGUCAGAUUUCGGUGCUUCUAGAGGCAUUGCAAUUGACCACUCAGGGGUAACUACCGCCAUCCAAGGAACUUAUGGAUAUCUAGAUCCUGAGUACUAUUACACAGGUCGACUAACCGAGAAGAGUGACGUCUACAGUUUCGGUGUUAUGCUUGUGGAACUGCUUACAAGGAAAAAACCUUCAGUCUACAUUCCUUCAGAAGGCGUCAGUUUAGUAGCGCACUUCAUCUUACUGCUGAACCAAGAUAGGCUUACCGAGAUACUGGAUGCACAGGUCUCCGAGGAAGCUGGGGACUCCGUAAAUGAAGUGGCACAGUUGGCGGCAACGUGCUUAAGGAUGAAGGGAGAAGACAGGCUGACCAUGCGGCAUGUGGAGACAAAACUUCAGGGGCUGCGGAGUGCAGAGAACACCAUCCAGGCUGACCCUGAAUCAGAACAAAAUCCAGUUAGGCCACGCCACACAGGUUUUCAGAGAAGCAGCAACAAGGCUGCUGACCCUGGUCAUGAGGGUAACAGCAACAGUAGGCGAUAUAGCAUGGAGGAGGCGAUGCUGUUUUCGGCUAGCUUGCAGCGAUGAUCUUGAGCAAAUUCACCAUCACAGCAUGUGGUCUCCCCUGUAUUUCUGAAUGAACAAGACCGUAGUAGAAAACACAAGCAUGUAGACACAAGAGCCAGGCUUGCUUGCCUGUACAUAAGUUCACAUUUGGAAAUACAGUUGUGCUACUUGAUUUAAUUCUUAUGAUUGAACAUACGGUCGCAUUUGUUAUGUA